AUGUUCCGCAAACCAAAGAACAAAACUGCAAUUCGACAGAGGCAAGCAGAAGAAAACGAACCAUCGGACAAGGUAGAGAAGAAUUCACCAUCAAAUCAAGCCGUAGAAGAUUCAGAAGAAACUGAAGAUACGACAACGAUUACAUCAAAGAAGCCUUUGCUGAGUUUUGCCAGUGAUGAAGAUGAACACGAAGAAUUCAAACUGAAAAAAGACAAGAAGAAGCUGAAAGAAGCCAGACUGAUGCGGAAGCUGGAAAGACAGGCACAAGAAAUCGAAAUAAAGAAGGAAGUGGAGCUUGUUGAUGAAAUUGAGUUUAGUAUCAUCCCAACGAAAAAUGUGAAGAUUGAGGACGAUUACAUUUCACACAAAGAAACCAGCAAAAUGGAUGUGAUUUAUCAAAAGAGAACAACGAUAGAAAAUCCGGAGCUCUCCAUGAAGUAUGACAAUGAUUACGCCGAUGACGAUACUUAUUCAAAAUUUUCAACGACGUUAAAUAAAAUCCCUGACUCUAAAGCCGUUUAUGAGGCAAGGAAAAAACGAGAACGUCUUCGCGCUCAAGGACACGAUGGAUAUAUUCCUUUGGAUGAUGAUCAGAAAAUUCGGGAAAAGGGAAGUCAACGGUUGAUUCGCGAAGAUGAUAAUGAUGAUUCGGAAGAAGAUACUGAAAAGUUUUAUUCUUCACGGGAAAUCGCGAUGGAAGAGGAUACAAAAAGGCGAGAGUUGCAGAAUCAAUUUCUUGAACAUGAAGAGAGAAGUCCUGCUCAAAGUGAUGACGAAAUUGAUCGCUGGGAACAACAACAAAUUCUGAAAGCAGUAGGAGCGUCUACGAUAGGACAAAUGAGACAAGAGUAUGAGAUCACAACGGAGUUUUUCAAAAAGAUCCGGGAAGAAGAUGAAGAACGAUCGAGACCCGUUGAAAUGGACAUCGACAUGGACGUGGAAAAUGUUCCACCUGCAACAACGUCAAAAUUCGAGCCAUCUGCAAGUCAUGUAACAAUGGGUGACAUUUUGAGCAAAUUGGCAUUGAGGCUCCAAGACCGAGAAGAAAGUCUGAACACUCUUCGUCAAAAUAUCGACAAGCUUCAAACAAAUAUUGAUGAAAAUAAAGAGCAGAUUAGACUUCUGGAAACUGGUGACAAAAAUAAACCACCCGUUAGUCAAGAGCUCAGCGAGAAAUACAAAAUGUAUCAAGAAGCGAAGCUUUAUUUCCGAAGUUUGUUGGACUGCCUUAACGACAAGAUGACGGAAAUAAAUGCGCUAACUGACAAAAGAAGAGGUAUUGCGAAAGCAAAGACUCAACGAAUAAUUGCGAGACGAAGGCGUGAUAUUCGCGACUCUUAUGAUGAAUGUUCGGCAGCUGCAGCGGGGAAGAACAUUGCGCUCAUCAAAGCAGGAGAUCACGGUGUUAGAGCUGCAGAGCGAGAAGCUAGGAGAGGUCGACGUCGUCGGGAACGAGAAGGAAAUUUAGAAGGAAUCUCGCACGAGGAGGGUUUGAGUACGGAUGAUGAAGAAACAACUUCUCGACUUGUUGCUGAUCAGGAAAUCCAUGCUGAAGUUAUCGAAGGGAUAAAAGCUAUCUUUGUCGAUGCUUCGGAGGAUUACAGCCGUAUCCCGCGGAUAAUGAAUCGUCUCAUAAAAUGGUUGGUUGUCGAUGAGAAAUCGUUCGAGAAUGCUUAUGUUCAUCUGUGUAUUCCAAAAAUAUUAUCCCCUUUCGUUUGCCUGGAAUUAAGUAAAAAUGACAUACUAAAGAAUGCCACUUUGCGACUCGAAGAUAUGGAAUGGUACAAAGAUUUGUUGUCCGUUGACAGUCCCGAACUUCGCCAAGACCAUCCAAUCAUUGUCGGCUUAAUACCAUUAGUUAUUGAAAAGGUUGUUGUACCGUUUAUUACAGACGUGGUCAAUGAAGAAUGGGAUCCACUUUCUUUGAAGCAAACGCGAAAUCUUGCGACUCUCCUUGAUACGAUUGUGAAAGAAUACCCAACAAUCACCGAGAAAUCAAAAUCAGUGGCUCGACUUUUUGCGGCUAUUCAAGAAAAGGCGAAGGAAGCCGUCAGUGAAGAUUUGUUCAUUCCUAUGUACUCGAAGCAAUCUAUCGAAAAUAUUAAUACUGGAUGUCGAGCUUUCCUGGAUAGACAAUUUUGGACAUCUGUCAAGCUGAUCCGCUCUCUGUCACUGUUCUCCAAAUUUUUUGCUCCAUACACAAUGCAUCAACUUGUUUUUGAGGGAAUUUUGUCGGUUUCGUGUGGUCUUGCUUUGCAAAUGGGAGAAAGCAAUGAUUCAUCUACAAUCAAAAAGGUUAGAGCUAUAAUCGCAGAAACUCGCAAUGAAUGGAUGCCUUUUAUGAAUCAAGCUAAUAUGCGCUCGUUAAUUGCCAUCUUAAGCAAAAUUUCUGAAGAAUUUGAUAAGAGUAACAGAGAAUUCUCAAAACAAGUUCGCCGUUACAUUGACCGGUUGAAGAACGGCGAA